CCCUCCAUCUGACAAGUGAGGGAACAGACCCAGGAACGGAAGGCGAUGAAGUGGUUACGUUUUUCGCUCCUCGUUUUGGGGGCUUUCUCGCUGUGCUGCGCCACGUCUGGUGACAGCAGCAGCGGCGUGAAGAAGAUGAAGAUGCAAUUUGCUACGGGACCUCUUCUCAAGUUUCAAAUUUGCAUUUCCUGAGGGUACAAGCGGGUGUUUGAGGAGUACACGCAGGCCUUGUACCAGCGGUACCCAGACAUCCGUAUCGAGGGGGAGAACUAUCUUCCUGUACCCCUCUACCGACAUUUUGCUUCCUUCCUGUCUGUGUUCAAACUGCUGGUGAUCGGGCUGAUUAUUAUCGGCAGGGACCCAUUCGCCCUCAUUGGUAUGCAAGCCCCAGGCCUCUGGGAGUGGGGCCAGGGAAAUAAGAUAUAUGCCUGUAUGAUGGUGUUCUUCCUCAGCAAUAUGAUUGAAAACCAGUUAAUGUCUACAGGAGCUUUUGAGAUCACAUUAAAUGACGUGCCAGUGUGGUCAAAAAUAGAGUCGGGUCACCUGCCCUCCAUGCAGCAGCUCGUGCAAAUCCUGGACAACGAGAUGAAGAUGAACGUUCACAUGAACACAGGAACACACCUCCACUCCUAACCCUACUCGUCAUGUCCUGGCUGGAGCUAAAAGCCCCUCCAUGUUUGAGGUGGGUUUCUCACUGGGCUGUGAAGUGAUGUUUAUGAAGGUCUGCGCUGAAGGCAGGAAGACUGCUAGCACAGACUGGAUGCCCCCCAUCAGUCUUCACCACGCCCCUUGGAGAUGCCUUGCCCCCGACGCCAGAGUGGGAUCCAUGGCAACAGUGCCGGCCAUUCUUUUGUCAUUUUCUUGUACUAUUCAAACUACUGCAGAUUUCAUCCAGGUCAUCAAUGGUCCCAUCAAGACAGAUUUCAAAUUGAUACUCAUAGUCUUUAACUUUAAUUGAUCUAUGUGAAUUAAUAAAAUGUGUAGCUUGUACCACUGAGCCACAUGCAGAAUUGUAUGUUAAUUGUUCUAAACAUAGCCAUGUAGAAGAAACACUUCCAAUCUGUCAUCCCUGUUGUGGAAAUAACAUUGGUGAUUGUGUCUUGAUAUGAUUUCUGAAUAAUUGUUUUUAUAUUUGCAUAACUUGAAGGAAGCUGAGAAGAUAAAUAAAACAAAUUUUAACUAUUUAA